AUGUCAGACACAUAUGGCAGCGGUACGGUUGGUGGCGUAGGCUUCGGCAACAAGAUGUCUGCGGACCCUGACCCAAACCACCCAGAGCUUUCUGAACAACACACCACUACCCGCUUCGGCCGCAACGAUUUCCACGCCUACUCUGGUGGCCACGAAACCUACGGCUCCGGUGCCGUUGGUGGUGCGGGAUUCGGCAACAAGACAGCUCCCGAGAGUGAAGACUAUGACAACAGCAAUAUCAGGUUUGGCAGUCAUGGAGAAACGAAGCCGUAUAGUGGACAUACGGAACAUGGGAGUGGGACGACGGGCGGGGCUGGGUAUGGGAAUAAGACAGGGGUUUUUAAGACGAGGAAUGAUUCGACGCUAGGCAAGUUGAUGGAGAAGGUUGGACACGUUACGCAUAAUGAGAAUCUGGCGGAGAAGGGGCGCGCGAAGAGAGAGGUGCAAGGGUUUGGACAAAGCGAGGAAAUGUGA